AUGUUCGUAACCCUCGCAUGGCUUAUCAGCGCUUCAGCCAUCGUUGGAAAUGGCAUACUUAUAUAUCUCAUCGCUUUCCGACAACGUCUCCGGUCAGUUACACAAAAUUGGUUCAUCUUGUCUCUGGCGGUAGCGGAUUUAUUUGUAGGGGCAACCUAUUUUCCUUAUAACCGAGGUUGUAAUGACACAGGAUGCUCCCAGAGGCACGUACAUUGGCUCUGUGUUGACCUAUUUCUUAGCGCGUCAGUUACAAACGUGUGCCUUUUGACUGUAGAUCGUUACAUUGCUAUUGUGAAGCCUCUACAAUAUCUCACGUUCGCAACUAAACUGAAAGCUGUCCUUGCAAUAACAGCAGCUUGGUUUUUUCCAAUCAUUACCGCUCUUUUACCUUUGUCAUGGACCUAUACACCUUUGCUGCCGUCGACUGAAGAAUACUCUUGGAAAGUCUUCUUAAUUGGAACAUUGAUUGUAUACGGGAUCAUUCCAUGUGUUUUCCUCUCCCUAGCCAUUAUCCACAUCAUCCUUAUUGUUCGCAAAUGGCGCAUUCAGCGAUCUCUGGUAAUCACUCAGCUGGAGUUCAACUAUUCUAGGCCACCAAGAGAAAAGCAAUUGCAGGCAGUGAAGGAAAUGUCAUCUGUAAGGCUAGUUGUUUCUGUGGUUGUUUUAUUUUUUUACUUGUUAUCUGUGCGGUGUAUGUGUUAGAGCAAUGACAGUGUUUGGCCAGCAAUACCAAUAUCCACCUGAUUCCGUACGGAAAAUUUCCAUCAUUCUCAUUUUAGCAAACUCUGCUUUAAAUCCCGUAGCCUACGGACUAUUCAAAGAUGAUCUCAAGAAAGAGUUGCUG